AUGCUGGAUAUUGUGAAGAUAUUAUAAAUAACUCUUAAAUUGCUUUGGUAUUUCUUCAAAUUGUACAAAAUGCGAUUCAAGCCUGAACUUACCACUGAAUAAUUAAAAUAGAUGUGUUUGUAAAUCAGACAUUUUAAUCUCAUUACUUAAUAAUGUUAAGGUAAAUUUUAUAACCAAUUUAAGUUUUGUGA